GGUCCCCGCCCUGUUCCCGGUUCCCGAACGGGGCCCCGGCGGCCUUUAAAUGCCACCCUGGGCCGGCGCGGCGCAGGCCUCGCCACCCUUCUUCAUCCUCGGGCGGAGGCAGCAGCACCCUGAGGACGCAAACAGCCCCCAACGCUGCAGCCGCGGCGCAGGCAGCGGCCGCCACCUUAGACCUCCGGCGCGCGCGGCCCCCUCCGCUGCCGCCCCUCCCCCUCGGCCCAGCCAGCCGGGGCCCGGGCGUGCGCGCGCGUACCCGCGUGUGUGUGCGCGCGCUCCCGAGCCAGCCUGGGACCUGCGCCCCCGCCCGGCGCAGGUCGCCCGGGAUCCCCGUCGGCCCUCCCGCCCGCCGGCGCGCAGCGUCUUAAGUCCCAGCCGCCCGGCCGCCAGCCGGACACCCCGCGGCGCCGCGCGAGAAGAUGGCGGGGUCGGUGGCCAACAGUGAUACCAUAGUGAAACUAGAUGAUGGGCAUUUAAACAACUCCUUGAGCUCUCCAGUUCAAGCUGAAGUAUACUUCCCACGACUGAUAGUUCCAUUUUGUGGGCACAUUAAAGGUGGCAUGAGACCAGGCAAGAAGGUGUUAGUGAUGGGCAUCGUGGAUCUUAACCCGGAAAGCUUUGCUAUCAGCUUGACUUGUGGAGACUCUGAAGAUCCUCCUGCCGAUGUGGCCAUUGAACUCAAAGCUGUGUUCACAGACCGGCAGCUACUCAGAAAUUCUUGUAUAUCCGGAGAGAAGGGUGAAGAACAGUCAGCAAUCCCUUAUUUUCCAUUCAUUCCAGAUCAGCCAUUCAGGGUGGAAAUUCUUUGCGAGCACCCACGCUUCAGAGUGUUUGUGGAUGGACACCAGCUUUUUGAUUUUUACCACCGUAUUCAAACAUUAUCUGCAAUUGACACCAUAAAGAUCAAUGGGGACCUCCAGAUCACUAAGCUUGGCUGAUGAUAUUUAAACCACAUCUAUUUCGAGUAGGAUCAGGUGCCACAACUAUCUGACUUAUCUGUCUGGGAGAAAUAUCCUAGCAAGAUCUGGAGACUUAAAAUAUAAAGCAAACACAGAAGGCAGGCUUCACUGUCUCUUUUUUUGUGUAGUUUAAUCCUAAAAUGACAACUUCAACCAUGACUUGCUCUAGGAAGAAAGCUGUCAGAACAAAGACACCGAGCCAUUACUCACAGAACAAAUACAUUUAUGCUGGAUUUUAUUCAGACUAAAAUGGAUUUGUGAUGUUUGUGAUUUGGUAACAAAUUAUUCAUCUUUUCAAAGCAAGGUGAUGUUUAGAAACAGAAGUAUUAAAGACUUAACCAACAAAAGCGGUACACUGAAAUCAAUUCAUUUCUGCACUGAAGUGGCAUUGUGUAGCACAACCAACAUUUUAGUCAGGGUAUUUACAUAGAAUGUAGGUUGUUCAAGAUUUGGUUGGUUUGGUUUUUUUGGUUGUGUGUGUGUGUUUAUUUGCACAGCAAAUGUUAAUGUUAAUUCAGACUUUUAAAGCUUUCUUGUAGUUACUUAUUUAUACUCAACGUCUGUAUAAGAAAUUGCUCAAUGUCUCAAGAACAGCAAGUUAUAAACUUGAAUGUAUACAUUUCUUUAAUUGGAGGGGAGAAACUAUGUAUUACAGUCAUGAAGCAGGUGAAUUUUUACCUUAAAGAUUUGAGUCAUAUCCUGUUUACCCCUAAUCUUAGGAUCUCUUGAUAUAAAUUGCUUCAGGUGCUUUUGGGAAGACUUUGCCACACUUUGAUAAAAACUGCGUUUCAAGUUAUUGAAGAUUAUAUAAAAUUCUAUUUACAUUGCUUUUUCUCUUUACUGUGAAUUAACACAGUAUUGGCUUCCUUAAGAUUAGUUAAGUAUUUUUCUCUGGGUUUUCAUGAUAGCUCUUUAAGUUGUUACUAAUUAAAAAUAUGUAAUAGGUGAUUACGUAGGCAGUUUUUUAAGUGGCUACUAAAUAAACUUUUUAAAAGUAGUAUGAAAAUGAUUCAGGAAUUGCGUAUAAAACAGAAGCAAAUGGCCCCAAAUAACUUAACUUGGAAGUAAUUUAUAUCAACUUAAACACUGUUAGCUCAUUGUAUAUCUUUAUUAUGUGACCCACACCAAUAUCCCUAAGCAGUGCCUUUGGAGCUUCAGAGUAGAAGACACAUGGUACUGAAUUGGUUGUGCCAGUGUUUCAGAAUAAGACAGAAUCCAUAUUAGGAAAUGAUCCAAUUAGUUUAUCUGAAAAAGGUAACUCUCAGAUCAGGACUCUAGUUCUUUGGGUUCAGCCAAUAGUGUGAAUGCUCCUGAUUAAGCUGUAGCUAUUUCCCUGCAUUUGUGAAACUGAUCCACAGACAGCCGUCUACAAAAGGAGCCACCGUGAUAUAAGUAUCUUCAGAAGGCAAUGAUGGGCUUUUGGAUCCUGGACUUCACAAACUGCUUUGGCCCUGGAGGGAAGCACCGUUGGCAUUGCUUUGGUCAGGUAGUGAGGGGAAGGGUUGCUGGGUGGGGGUGUAUUUAUAUAAUUUAGUUUUUGUUUGUAUAGCAUCCUGCAUCUUGUCAUGACAUGUACUUGUCUACCCUGCUUUUGAUUUUUUUUUUUUACAUAACAUGCAGUGACACAGAAGUGGCCAUAUCAUUUCCAUGUGUCGAGAAUGUAGACAGUGUUUCAGUACCAAAGUCUAAGAAAAAGCAAACUCAAAAAUGUGAAUUUUUAUGGAUGAUAUAUUUGGAUUCUUCUCAACUUUUAAACUCUUUAGCACACGUCUCUUAUGUUAUAUGAAAAGAAACUUUAUUGAAUAAGACAGGCUGAGCACUGAAAAUCUUUACAUUCCAGCUAACUUACUCAGUCUUAUGCAGCCAAGAGGGUUGGCCCAUAGCUCCAGAUGUUUUCAAGCCUGCGAUUUACUUGUCAAUUGUAAAGCCACUAGAUUUUGAGGAGUGUUUGUAGAAAGACUUAUAUUUGUAAGGAAGUUCAUUCUAGUUAUGAUGGAAGACCUCCAAGUCUCUUGAGAGAUCAUCCAUUUCCACUCUACAUAAUGUAGCAGAAACUAGAGUCAGAAAUAUAGCUGAAUAGAAGUGAUAUAUCUCUAUACCUACUAGCUAAACGGUUAACAGCCAGUCACUUGGGCAGCUUAAUGUAAAGAUACAUGGUUAACCCUUCUUCAUUCGAUCAGGGGACCUCUUGGUUAAUCCUGUUAAGAUUCAUCUAAAUGAUGUGAUGGCUUGAUUCAGUAUAGCUAAAUUAGCAGGGCUUAAUCCAGCUGUAGGAAUCAAUAGCUGUAAGCUAGAAACAGUGUUCACAUCCUGUCAUGGGCAUGUGAGGUGUAAGGUGGGAAUACAGGAUAGAAAGUGCAAUUUAAAGCUUCACUGGAAAGUAUUUGGGUAUAUACGGAGCCCUAAUUUUGCAAUGUGACCAAAACCAAGGAAUAUAACAAUCAGGUUCUGGGAAAAUAAAUGGCAAGCUUUAGACAAUCUGUCCAUUUCUGCAGCAAAAUUGGAGUGAAUGUAUGUAGCUACAUAAAACUUAACAAAAGUGACUUCUGCUUUCUGGGAUGUCCCAGGAUUGUCUUAAAAUGAUUAUUAUUGUUUUAAUUUGAAACCUCUUCAAGUCUUGCCAACUUUAGUUCAAAAUUCUCUAAAAGAUCUCUCUUAGAAUUUAUGAAUUAUUAAAAUUUAAAAAAAGUUUUUCAUUUGUAUUAAAAAGAAAAUAUCCAGAAAGAGGGAAGGAGCCCUUAUGGACUAAGAGAAAACAGCCUUGGCAUUUUCUGGCAUUAAUAUAGAAAUAAUAUUCCCAUGAUGACAUAUUUUCAAAGAAACACUUUCUUAUUUACUGCGUGGUGUAAACUGUUACUAAAUGUGUUCUUACAUUAUUAUGUCACUGCUGAAAAUUAUUUGCACUAUAAUAAAGGACUUUUUUACGUAGUGA